CAUCUCUUGGUGCUGGUAGUUGCUGUUUGGGAUCACGCAACUCCUACUCUAGCGUCCCUUAGCUGUCUCCCUGUACAUUUUAGUGGGUUUAUUUUCCCAUAUUUGAAAUAAUAAAUUCCCUGCAGACUGUUAAAUCCCUCCGUAAUAGCCUGUGACUGCUGACUGUGCACUUUAAACUAUCUCUUGCGUCACACUGUGCAAUCCUAUCUGCUACAGCUUUAGCAAGUAUAAGCUGUCAAUGGUUCACUUCUCACGCUGGGGAGCAACGCAGAUAAUGAAGAUUACCACGUAGAAGAAUACAUCAAAUGAUGUGAGUGCUUCGGUGAUUUAUCAUGAGCUACAAAAAAAAAAUUGCUCCAUGACUAAUGAGUCGACUGCGCAAGAGUAGCGCGCACCCACGGAACGCAACGCGCACCUCCGUCCAUCUGUGAUCAAGCUGCGGUGUCCGUGGUAUAGUAUUUAAUUUGGGGCUAUAUUUGAAUUUCGGACCAGAAAAGGGAAACCAUUAGCUUUCUCAUCUUCAUGGGCGAAGAAGACAAGAAUCUGCUCGACCGACCUCAACGCGCAACAAACGAAGUGAAGGCAGAAAACGUCACGUAUGUGGAGGCAGAACGUCAGAGGAGAUAUGCGGAUCUGUUCGAGCAACUGGACUUGAAUAGAGAUGGCAGGGUGGACAUCAGUGAACUGCGAAUUGGACUAGCUGCUCGUGGUUUACACCAAGGAGAAGCUGAGGAGAUCGUCCUGGAGAGUGACAUCAAUCGUGAUGGCUUGCUGGACUUUCAGGAGUUCUCCGAGUAUCUCCGGGCUCACGAGAAGAGGCUGUGGCUCAUGUUCCAUAAACUGGAUCGGAACAAUGAUGGUAAAAUCGAUGUGGGAGAGAUCCAGCACUUACUGCAGAAGCUUGGAGUUGAGGUCACCAAGGAACAAGCCUCCAGAAUACUGCAGAGUAUGGACAGGGAUGGCACCAUGACCAUUGACUGGAAAGAAUGGCGAGAUUACUUCCUGUUCAAUCCUUUCCACAACAUGGAGGACAUUGUCCACUACUGGAAGCACUCCCAUAUGUUUGACAUUGGGGAACAUUUGACGGUGCCAGAUGAGUUCUCAGAGAAGGAACGGCGAUCCGGUCUGGUAUGGAGGCAAUUGGUUGCGGGAGCAAUGGCAGGUGCCGUGUCCAGGACAGGAACUGCUCCUUUGGACCGUCUGAAAGUUUUCCUGCAGGUACACGGUUCUGUCUCUCGUGGAAAAAAUCUGUGGUCGGGGCUAAGAGGGAUGAUCCAAGAAGGAGGUGUCUUCGCACUCUGGAGGGGAAACGGCAUCAAUGUCCUCAAGAUUGCCCCAGAAUCCGCCAUUAAGUUUAUGGCCUAUGAACAGAUCAAGUGGCUGAUUCGUGGCAGCAAGGAGGGGGGAAGUUUAAGAGUACAAGAACGAUUUCUUGCUGGCUCUUUGGCAGGAGCUACUGCCCAGACCAUCAUCUACCCCAUGGAGGUGCUUAAAACUCGUCUCACAUUAAGGACAUCAGGGCAAUAUUCAGGUAUGGCUGACUGUGCCAGACAGAUCCUCAGGAGGGAGGGACUUCGGGCUUUCUACCGGGGCUACCUGCCAAAUACAAUUGGGAUCAUCCCCUAUGCUGGCAUCGACUUAGCUGUGUAUGAGACUCUUAAGAAUACCUGGCUUCAGAAGUACUCUCGUGACUCAGCAGGUCCAGGUGUUUUGGUCCUUCUGGGCUGCGGUACUGUUUCCAGCACCUGCGGGCAGCUAGCGUCAUAUCCGCUUGCUCUCAUUCGGACGCGAAUGCAGGCGCAAGCCAGCACGGAGGGUAAACCAAAACUGACCAUGGUGGGCCAGUUUAAAUACAUCAUAUCCAAUGAAGGUGUGUCUGGUCUGUAUCGUGGCAUCACACCUAAUUUUCUCAAAGUCAUUCCUGCUGUUAGCAUCUCCUACGUGGUGUAUGAGCACAUGAAGAAAUUCCUUGGGGUGGGAUACUAGAUGACCAAGGAUGACCCCACUGAAAAAGAUAAAGAACACAGACUCAUCUUAGAAUACAAAGGAGGUGAGAGAAAGGUUAUUUCUCUCGUUGGAAUUACACAGCAAAAAAAAAAAAAAAAUGAAUGCAUAUGUUUUGUGGAUUUUCAUUCUUCGAUUUAAAACCCAAAGUGUAAACGUUUUUUUUUUUGUUUUGCAUUUCUGCUCAUGGCUGCAUAAUCCCUCCCCCAAAAAGGAAUUAGCAUGAUAUCAGGGGAGAGUAUUUAAAGAAUGUACAUCAUGGCGGUUUUUAAUUGCCGUUGAAAAGUAUAGUUUAUAAAUUUUGAGCUUUACUGCCGAGUGAUGCAAGUUUGAUAUUUUUCAAAUCAUGAAAGUCAGUCAGAUGCUUUUGUCCAUGUUUUUAGUUGCUCUAUUUUUUGUACUGCCAUGAAACUUGACAUCUUAUGUAUUAUGAAAUGUUUGCAGAGACAUUACCUUUCAUCUCAAAUCAAUCUGAUUUGUACAAUAUAGUUGUUUACUAUCCUACAUAUAUAUUUUUAAUAUUUUAAUCUUUGCAAUGAAGAUUUAGCCCAAACAAAUGUAUUUAUCAUCUUCAAAUAUUUUGAUGCAAAUGGAUUUAUCAGGAGUGUUGAUUCAUUUCCAAUGCAAAGAAUGUUCUCCUAAAUUUGCUUGCAUUCAAUGUGUUACAUGAUGAAUGCUUGUCUCGAAUAGGGCAUGACUGUGUAGAGCAUGUUAUGGUUGUUAUGCUUGAACACAACGCACAGCUCCGUUGCAUGUAAAUUGAUUCUUAAAAGUAAUGUGCAUUUUAAAGACUGUUUGGAAAAAUGCCUUUUCUAAAGUAAAAUACAUCAUAUUUAUCUAUA